AUGAACCCACUUCCGAGGCUCGGCGCUUGGAUGAAUUCGCUCAUGCCGCAAGCCGCGCACGAAGCGAUCAAAAUCGCCGAAGACCCAUGGCUCAACAGUGGCAGGGCUUUGGUCGACCCCAACCCCGCCGGGCCGGGCAUUGCUUUUCUUGACGCCAUGACUGUCCCCAAAACCGAGCGCAGGCGCACUUUGGGCAUUUUGGCGCUCCAGGGCGCCUUCGAAGAGCAUGAGGCCAUGUUCAAGAUGCUGCCUUCAGAGCUUCUGGAUCAAAUCCAGCUGGUUCAGGUGAGAAAGGUCCAAGAGCUGGACACGUGCGACGCGCUUGUGAUUCCUGGUGGAGAGUCCACCACCAUGAAGAUCAUCGCGGGCACGGAUGAGUUCAUGACCCGUCUGCGCGAGUAUGUGCGCGGAGGCGAGCGCAAGCCUCGACCAGUCUGGGGGACCUGCGCUGGCUGCAUCCUGCUCUCUGAAGACGUGGUGAACACGGUAAGCCGAGGAGACGGCCAGCUUCAGCCCGCUAAGCGUUGCAAGUACGGGGACCCCGUGGGAGGUUUGGACGUGGCCACCUGCCGAAACUUCUUCGGGCGCCAGGCGGAGCUCAGGGCAGCGGCGGAGGUGGGGCCUGGACCCCUGGUCUGUACCUCGUAG